AUGUCCUCGGCGAGCAGCUACUCCUCUUCCGACUCUGACGUCUCGACGAUAUCUUCUGUCCGGCACAGCAUGGAUUAUUCGCCACGACCCGUCGCCUCCGUGGAGGUGCUGCGCUGCAUGCGAUGCGCGAGCUCGGUCGAGAUGACCUCGACAGACGACCCUUCCUCGACAGGCAUGGUCCGCGUCGGCACCAACAUCUACUAUUGCUCGCGGUGUGCCAGGAUUGUUGGUUACAAAUGA